AAAGUACCAGUGAAUCUCCACCUUAAAGAUUGGAUCCAAAAAUCGCCGAUUUCUUAGUUUAUCCCAAAUGGCCACCGAGGAACCAACAGUCGAGGUAGGCGCAGAGCCGGAGACGGCGGAAGAAAAUCCUGGAGAGACCAAAGCCGGUACUAAAUCCGGCAGAGCACGGAAAGCCAAAGAAUCCAAGCCAAAGAAAGCUGCAGCUCCGAAGAAGUCACGUGUAUCUUUUACCCAUCCUACUUACGAGGAGAUGAUCAAGGAUGCGAUUGUUAGCUUGAAGGAGAGGACGGGUUCAAGUCAGUACGCCAUUGCUAAGUUCAUAGAAGGGAAACAGAAGCAGCUUCCUGGGAAUUUUAAGAAGCUUUUACUCUUCCAUUUGAAGAAGCUUGUGGCUGCUGGGAAGUUGACAAAGGUUAAGAAUUCGUAUAAGCUACCUACGGCGAGGUCCUCGAAGCCGGCUGCCACUGCUUCUGCUCCUGCUAAGAAGAAGCCAGCCGCUACUAAGGCGAAGUCUAAGCCUGUUUCGAAGGCUAAGGAAGGGAAGAAUGCAAAACCUGGUUCUAAAGCUCCGGCUAAGAAGAAACCUGCUUCUAAGUCCAAGAGCAAGCCGGCGGCUAAACCAAAGGCUGCUCCUAAAGCUAAGUCUGUUCCGACAAAGACGAAGGCGGUGGCUUCUGUUAAGCCGAAGACUACUCCAGCUACCAAGUCGAAGGCUGCAGCCAAGCCUAAGGAUAAGCCGGUCAAAGCUGCCAGAACCUCGACAAGGGCUUCUCCGGGGAAGAAGGCGGCGGCUGCUCCUCCUCCUCCGAAGCCAGCUGCAAAGAAAGCUCCGCCGAAGAAGGCUCCCGCAGCUAAAAAAGCUCCGGCGAAGGGCGUUAAGCCGAAGAGUGUCAAGUCAACAGCAAAGAGAACCACGCCGAGAAGAGGAAGGAAAUGAAGGAAAGAAAGCCUAGUCCUGUAUGGGUAGUUUUGUAAAUUUGAGUGUUGAAGCUUAGUGAAUGUAUUUGGGUCAAUGUAUAACCGAGAGAGAAAUAUGACAUAGGAUCUUAAAUCUGUUCUCUUACACCCUUUUUUAAAUGUUAAAUUUCUAAUAUCCUUUU